CAUCUUGCUUGCCCCGAGAAGCGAUCAGACUGUCAUGGAAGUUGCCCCUGCCUUGGUUGGUGAUGGGCCACUGGCUUCGGCGGGAUCCAGCCGAUAGUAGUACUUUUCCAACCGCCAUUCUGGACGCCCACCUACGGAUGGAAAAUGGCUAGGGUCCAGUCUAAUGGACGGGUCAUCUCGCCCUUCUGCAUGUUCCUCCUGGGCCUGCAACCCCCGCGGCCCCCUCCCCUCGGAGGGUCCCACCUCCAACUCCCGUCCCUUACGUCGUCCGCGAGGCAGCGCCACGAGACCAGCAUACAUCAUCUGGCAGCAUUCCCCAUCGAUUUAUCCCGGUCAACUGGAGAUCCUCUCCUGCCCGGGAAAACCAUUACGCCACCCCGUGAUCACGUGACGCUUUCCGGGUCCGCCCAUGUACCCCAGGUGUCACUGUCUGUCCCUCGGCGCCCGCCCAGUGUGCCCCCAAUGUGCAUGCGCAGCUGCCCAAUCCCCGGAUUCUCGUCCGGUUCGGAUCCGGGGCAACACUGGCUAAGGUCUCCGGGUCCAAGCCACCACUCGGCCGCCAGGAGGGGUGUCUACGUGACCAUCGGCCAGCCCGACGAGAGGUCGACGGGGUACACGCACCCCCAGCCCCCCUCCCUACUCUCCCAGCCCCUAUCUACCCUACUCUGCCCUACCUUACCUACGUGGUAACUCCAGUCGACCGCUUCGCCCCUGUUCAUAUGUUUACUGGCCCACAAAUCAAACAUGGAGACUACGGCUGGAGAUGGAUCAGUAGCGAAGUUGAAGAUGGUCGCUGUUUUUACGGUCAAUUAUGGUCGCUUGGGUCCAUG